UUAUCAGCGCAAUUUUCUGUUGCAGUACCAAAUGAAAUAACCGGAUGUACUCCAAAAGGAUCAAAUAAUGGUUCGGAGUGUAUCUCGCUCAAGCAGCAUCCGGGUGCCGAAUGUUAUGGAUCGAAGGACAGUCAUACGGUCGAUGUGAUUCGUCAAGCGACAACAGAGGCGUGUGAGAACGCAUGUCUUUCGCACGCUUGUACAGCAGUAGAGUUGAAUUUACUGAAUCCAGCAAGUCCUUCGUGCAAGAUCAUGACAGGAGAGGUGACGGCAUCGCCACGUCUCGGUUUUAUUUGCUACACAGCACACUGA